AGGGAAGCAUUGGAAAGAGAAUUACGUGUCCAUUGGAUUCGUCACACACAGUCUAUGAGAAAGAUAUUAAUAAACAUUUAAAGAAAUGUAACGCAAGCAAGAGGGAAGUGCCAGUAUGUCAUUAGUUACCCUAAAAGAUUGUUAUGUAGCUAAUAUUAAUUCUGGUAUACCCAAUUAUGUACCACUAAAGGAAGAAACUUGUAAUAUUUCUGAUUUUAGUGAAGGUACAAUGAUGGAGCUAAUGGGACGCAUUGACAAAGCCAUAAAGAAAUUAGAGGUACCAAUAUCAGAGGAUAUAAAGACUCAUAAAGUAUUGGAUGAUGAAAUUAGCAGUGACAGUAAUGGGCCAACUGCACUCAAGCAUUUAUUACAACAAUCAUCGAUAAUUGGUCAUUUGGAUUCAUUAGGAUUGCUAUCCAGUGAUAGUUUAUUUAUUGAAUUUGGAGCUGGAAGAGGUAAAUUGUCUCAUUGGAUACAGUUAGCAUCAAAUAAUGAUGAAUUGAUCGAUUUUCUAUUAAUUGAUAGAUCAAAUCCUAAAAGAAAGUUUGAUAUGUAUCAUCGGUUUGACACUCAAGGCCCUAAGUUUGAAAGAUUAUUGAUUGAUAUAGAGCACCUGGACUUAGGUAUAGACUUCAUUGGGGUGAACCAGCCCACAUGAGCAAGAUAUCAUUUUCUGACUGUACAUACAUGUCAUCCUUAUUUUUUAUCUGAGUGCAUGCUAGUUUUAGAGUAGGGCAAGCCUUAAAAAUUAGUGAACUAUGGCCACAAACUUACUUUCACUUUGCAAAUCACUAUAGUUUAGAAAUUUAGUAAAAAUUUCCACCUCCAAAAUUUCCUGCAAUAUUUCCAUUGCUAUUAAAACUAGGAUAAAGUUUUCUAGGAGUAAGUAUAACAUAAUAGGACAGAAAUGUUAUGCUAAUAGAGUACAUCAGUGUUAACUGUAAAGUACAUGUAUGUGUGACAUAUGCACAGCUAUAACCACACUGCAAAAAGUGG